AUGAAACCCACAUCAAUAGCGCCGGUUGAUACGUCCCAAGAAGAACUUGCAGCAGGGAAUCAACAGCUGAACCAUAUUGAAGGUGAACACUAUGGCGACUUAGGCCAUAUGACUAAUGCAUUGGACCGACAGCGUUCAAACGUGAGACGGUCGUCGACGGAUCAUGCUACCAUAGAAGAGUAUUUUACCCCGAGUGAGUCGCUAGAGUGGAAGAACAGGUCCGGCAUUUUUGAUUCAAUAGACACGCAAACCCGACACCCAGGAAUAUUGAAUGCGGACCAGAACAUUCGUCGUCAACCUACCCCAGCGAGCGAUUUAGCACCAAACCAACCCGAAACACCGUUUCUGUCAUUAUCCACUUGUGAAAGCCCGCAUGGGAUUGAUGCAACAGAAUCUACCACAUCUUUAAUACCACAUAGAAAACAAUGUCCUGCAAAAUUAAUAUCUAAGGAGUCAUCAAGGCGUCUUCGAGCAAGAGAAUCUUGUGACGGAGCUGUACUUUCUGGGAAGGGAGGCACAGGCCAUCCCCUAACCGACCAGGGAAUAUUGAGUAAUGUCACCUCAGGAAUGGUUCGAUUCCAACAAGAUGGCUCAACAGCUAUAAAUCCGCAAUCGCGCGUGGAACCGCUGAAGUUAAAGGCCCGCGAGAGGGCAAAGGGGCGACGUCGAACUCUUCUACCGAGCAACGAUGGUGAAAUCAUUAGAGCAGAGCGUAUGCUAGUUCGUAUUGAUAUCACAAAAUUGGGAUCACUUCCAAAUGAUUUUAGUGAAAACAACAGUAUUAAAAUAGAAACCCGAAUUUCCGAAAAGUGGAGAGAAUAUCUGGUUGCCUGCCGCCGGGGCGCUGAUGAGGAAACCCCUAUUAUCCUUCAUCUCUAUAAAACCAGAGUUAUUCCCCAGGUACAAGUUUCACGGGUGAAGAAAAGUUCAUCUCGCGAGAUUCCUCUUACACUAGGAUUUACGCGGGUUAACUUAUUUUCAUCCCUCGAUAAAACCAUCGUUAUUUGGCACCCUAAUCAUGAAGGAACUGUCCUGUUUAUAAUGCGAGCAAAAUCAUCAGCUCACUCCAUGGAAUGGUACACCUUUCUUCGUACGACACUUGGAUGGCAACGCCCCACAAACCUUAUAGUUCACGUCCCUGAUCUCGACAUUGCUGUGCUUCUCAAGCACCCGUUUUCUCACUUACAGAAUGAUCGCAUUAUGGCUGACCAAGAUGACAAUGAGGGACGCUCAAUACUUCUCAGGACAAUGGCCGAGGAACGGGCAAUUGCAGCUGGCAUAAUUAAGACCUGUAUGGACACGUUAUCUGAAUUCCCAGAAUGGGAUUCUAUCCUGAAAGUAUGGCCGGGCUCUGAGAAAAUGGGUUUGGCCUGGCGAAGCGGUUAG